AUGGCACUGCCUGCGUUUGCAGCCCGGGCGCUCGGGCCGCCACUGCAACCGGAGCAAGGAGCGCCCGCCCGCACCACCUGUCCCCGCCGGCAUUCCAGAGUAGAGGCCGAAUUGGCAGCAAGCCGACCCGGGUCUGUCGCCGCCUCAGUCCGCGCCGGCCCUCCUAGGGGUGUGUCUCUCGGAUUCAACUCGCCGCCGCUCCAGGACGAGCCCCCAAAGGCAUUUUCUUCCUUGGCGGGAGCCUUGCGCGCCCCGCUCUUCCCGCUGCUGCCUCGAGGCCGCCGCAGGCGGAUGCACGACCUCAGGCGACGCUGGGACCUGGGCUCCCUCUGCCGGGCCCUGCUCACUCGGGGCCUGGCAGCAGUGGGCCACUCGCUCAAGCACGUGCUCAGUGCGAUCUUCUCCAAGAUUUUCGGUCCCUUGGCCAGCGUCGGGAACAUGGAUGAGAAAUCUAACAAGCUGCUGCUGGCUUUGGUGAUGCUCUUCCUAUUUGCCGUGAUCGUCCUCCAAUAUGUGUGCCCCGGCACAGAAUGCCAGCUCCUCCGUCUGCAGGCGUUCAGCUCCCCGGUGCCGGAUCCGUACCGCUCUGAGGAUGAGAGUUCCGCCAGGUUUGUACCCCGCUACAAUUUCAGCCGCAGCGAUCUCCUGCGCAAGGUAGACUUCGACAUCAACGGCGAUGACCUGAUCGUGUUCCUGCACAUCCAGAAGACUGGGGGCACCACUUUUGGCCGUCACCUGGUGCGCAACAUCCAGCUGGAGCAGCCAUGUGAGUGCCGCGUGGGGCAGAAGAAAUGCACUUGCCACCGGCCGGGUAAGAGGGAGACCUGGCUCUUCUCCAGGUUCUCCACUGGCUGGAGCUGCGGGCUGCACGCCGACUGGACCGAGCUCACCAGCUGCGUGCCCGCAGUGGUGGAUGGCAAGCGCGACGCCAGGCUGAGACCUUCCAGGAACUUCCAUUAUAUCACCAUCCUCCGGGACCCAGUGUCACGGUACCUGAGUGAAUGGAGACAUGUCCAGAGAGGAGCAACAUGGAAAGCAUCCCUGCAUGUCUGUGAUGGAAGGCCCCCAACAUCUGAAGAACUGCCCAGCUGCUACACCGGUGAUGACUGGUCUGGAUGCCCUCUCAAAGAGUUCAUGGACUGUCCCUAUAACCUGGCCAACAACCGCCAAGUUCGCAUGCUAUCUGACCUGACUCUAGUGGGAUGCUACAACCUCUCUGUCAUGCCUGAAAAGCAAAGAAACAAAGUCCUUCUGGAAAGUGCCAAAUCCAAUCUGAAGCACAUGGCGUUCUUUGGCCUCACUGAGUUUCAGCGCAAGACCCAGUACCUGUUUGAGAAGACCUUCAACAUGAACUUUAUUUCGCCGUUUACCCAGUAUAAUACCACUAGGGCCUCUAGUGUUGAGAUUAAUGAGGAAAUCCAAAAGCGUAUUGAGGGACUGAAUUUUCUGGAUAUGGAGUUAUACAGCUAUGCUAAAGACCUCUUUCUGCAAAGGUAUCAGUUCAUGAGGCAGAAAGAGCAUCAGGAUGCCAGGCGGAAGCGUCAGGAGCAACGCAAAUUUCUGAAGGGAAGGUUCCUUCAGACCCAUUUCCAGAGUCAGAGUCAGAGUCAGAGUCAGAGUCAGAGUCAGAGUCAGAGUCAGAGUCAGAGUCAGAGUCAGAGUCAGAGUCAGAGUCAGGGUCAGAGCCAGAGUCCAGGUCAGAAUCUGAGUCAGAAUCCCAAUCCCAACCCAAAUCAGAACCUGACUCAGAAUCUGAGUCAGAAUCUAACUCAGAGUUCAAAUCCCAAUUUGACCCAGAGGGAGAACCGGGCAAGUCAGAAGCAGGGCUCAGGCCAGGAGCAGAGUGAUAGCACCAGCAAUGGCACCAAUGACUACAUAGGGAGCGUAGAGACAUGGCGCUAACUGGCUCUCAAAGGCUUGUGCACACUGCUUCCCAAAGCAUCACCAAAAAGAUGGCGUGUAUCUUACAAGAUGAAAAUGUCCAAACACAUCCUGCUUCCUUCAUUUUGGAAGUUCAAAAAAAAAAAAAAAAGAAAAGUGUAGACGUUGCCUUUACAGUUGCCUUUUGAUUCAGUGUUAUACUGUGUGUGGGUAAAACAAAUCUCAGUGUGUAAUCGAAUUGUCUGUUUUGGGAUGAACUGCUUCUGAAAUCCAAGAGCCAAACCAGACUCACCAGAAAUUGCAGUUUAGAUAUUUUAAGAAGUUCUUAAAUUAGGUAUGGGAGACACAAAGAAAACAUGAAAUGUGGCCGUUUAAACUUAUGGCUAAGAAACAGACUUUAAAUGAUUCCGGAUACUCUGUUAAAACCCAAUCUUGAAAGCACCCUCCUCCCGGCAGGGAAGCAUAAGUAAAAACAUGAACAGAGCUAAAAGACACUCAAAACCGUUCAUUUCCUUGUUUUAACAAGGAGCCUAUUUAAACAGAAAAACAACUGAUGAUAAAUUUUGCCAAAUUGUAGAAAGUAAACAAUUUCUCACUUAAAUGUAGGUGGGUUUAUGUAAAAAUAAUGGCUUUUCAAAUAGAUCGGGAUUCAUGUCUUGUAAUUUAACAGAUGUUUAAAAUUUAGAAUUUUUCUACCUUCUGCUGAUUAAAAGGUUUGAAACAGGGUAUAUCUCAUAUUAACAAAGCCUUUUUUUCCAAAUGGAAUAGCAAUGGAAAGAUCCAGUUUCCAGAUGGUUUCUGGGCACUGUAAUUUCAACAGUUUCAAUCUUUUUGGCGCUGCUUCUCAUUCACUUUAAGGCUUCUCCGAGUUGUGCUCAUUCCAAAUGAAUCCAUGUAUAGAAAUUUUCUUCAUCAUCUAAACAGCGUGUUGCUAAAUCUCUUGUGGUAUUUAAUCCUGGACUAAAGUCAGGACUUUCUAUAGAAUUGUCUUAUCAAUGUCUGUGUAGUAAGGUCCUUUAAGAAGAACUCCCAAACAGGAUAAUGUGUCUCUUAAUAUUGCUGAAGUUAUUCUUCUUCAUCAGAUUGAACUGAACCUGAAUGUAAACCGUUUUAUUUUGUUUAUUGUAAUGUUUCCAGUUUGGGUGGCUAUUUCUAGCCCAUGAUUCUUUUCCUGUAGUGACAGAUUUGUACACAAUAAUAAGAACAAAAAUUUUCUCAAAGACAAUGGUAGACUAAUCAUUGCGAUAGCCAGAGGUACUCAGUAACACCAAAAGCUGCCUCUUGAUAAUUGAGGUUAACACUUCUACCAGGUUUUUGUUUGUGAAAGAUCAAAACUGAAGAAUGCUCUGCAGCAAAGCUAAGUGUCAGGGACAUACAAGUUGAGAAGACGAGUUUUGUAGUUUCCAUCUGUGAAUAGUAUUUUAAUGGUUUCAAUUACAAAUUGAAGAAAGGAAGAAUUACAUACACAGUGUGUUGUAUCAUACUGCUUGGACGUUUACACCUCAUGGUUGUUGCUACACUUCUGUAAGAACUUACAUUAAUUCCUUGGCUUUCGAUCAAACAAGGUGGCUAGAAAUGGUAUUCAUGUUUUCAAGAUGGACAUGCUUAGAAGUAUGAUCAUAAAGUCACAUCUGUCAUAGUCUGCCCAAGUGCAUGACCUGGUUUCAUCUGUAAUAAUAUGGCCACAAGGUAGACAAGAAGUUGAAUAUCUGUCUCUAAAGGAAUUUUCUUGACUCCGAGCUUUGUGACAAUAUUUACAGCUUUUGUUUUGUGGUAUUGCAGUGUUGAGAAUGAUGAUACCUAAUAAAAAAAACAAAACAGAAAAAAAAACAAAAAAAACAAGGAAAAAAGAAAAACAAAAAAAACUGGAAGGAAUUUUUAAAAGCACAUCUUGAAGUCAAAGUAUUUUAGAAUGAACUUAUUUGGUGUACAUUGUGUUCUUGAAAUAUUCUGUAGAUCACUAUGGUAUUUCAGUAAUUUUAGUUUUAAUUGAGAAUGAUUGCUCUUAAAAACUGACAGUGUUGAAAAGCAGGACGAAGUCUGAGCCAGUGGAAAAGCUCAUUACAGAAAAAACAAGUGUUCUUGCUGUGGUGUGCAUGGUUUGCAGAGAUUAAGUGCAUUUUCUCUGUCUCUACUGAUUACUGUAUAUAGAGAAUGUUAUAAAUAUACAUUUUUGUCAUCAUCAUGUAAAUCCCACAAUUUCAUACUGUAAACAUCUGUUCAGUGGUGUAGCUUUACAAACCGUUCACUGAUUUUGUGUAAUUUAACAAUAGAUGUGAAAUAAAGUUUCAAUUGCA